UAUUAUUGGACUUUCCGUAAUGGCGUCGUGCAACUCGAGCUGAAUUAGACUUUAUUUGAACUGCCAGCGGGAAUUCAAGCGAACAAUAAGUUACUCGUUUAGUUAUUACUAGUAUCAAGUAAUAGUGCACAGUAUUUUAAAGUUAAUUGAUAAUAAAACGAUAUCAAAAUGCCUGUGAAAGAGCGAAGAAUAGCUGUAAUGGGAUAUCGAUCCGUGGGUAAAUCAUCACUCAGCAUACAAUUCGUCGAGGGACAGUUUGUGGACUCGUACGACCCAACAAUCGAGAACACGUUUUCCAAAGUGACAAGAGUUAAUUCGCAAGACUAUGAAGUUAAACUAGUGGAUACCGCGGGUCAAGAUGAAUAUAGCAUAUUUCCAGCAGAAUAUAGCAUGGAUUUCCAUGGUUAUGUGCUAGUAUAUUCGAUUACAAGUCAAAAGUCGUUUGAAGUUGUGAAAAUUAUUUACGAUAAAUUAUUAGAUGUCAUCGGAAAUGCCCACGUACCUAUAGUGUUGGUUGGCAACAAAACCGAUUUACACCAAGAGAGGGCAGUGUCCACAGAGGAAGGGCGUAAACUAGCUGAAUCAUGGAAAGCGUCAUUUUUAGAAGCAUCCGCCAAACAGAACGAGUCCGUUGCAGACAUAUUUCACCAACUUCUACUUCAAAUCGAACGCAAUAAUGGUAAUGCGCAAGAAAAGAGCAGCUGUACAAUAUCAUAAAAAUAUCCAGGAAAGACAGACUCGUGAUGUUGGACGUGGUUAGAUUUGAAACGAUGCAAGUGUUUUUGAUUAUUCCUCUCGUUUUUAAGUGCAUAUUUAAAGCAACAAAUGUUUUCUAUGAAUAAGUUAAUGUCUUAGUGAUGGAUACCUUUUUUGUUAAUGAAGAAGAUUGAAUUGGAUUUUUGGAUGAGAAAUAAACUAGUGAACACCCUA